AUGACGAUGAAUGUGACUUUCAACCCAACUUCUAGUAUCAAGACCAUUCAUGAGCAAUAUGCGAGUAUAUCAACUUUGACUACGUUUCAAUUACAAAGUCACCAAAGCGAAUACACAUUUCCGUGGAUUGCAGUUGCUUAUAUCGUGGUCAUGAUUAUUGCUAUUCCAGGCAAUUUUUUAAUUUUAUGGAUUACAUUAGCAAAUAAAAGUAUGCGUUUACCAAUUCAUCUUCUGGUCUGCAAUCUAGCAGUUGCUGGCCUUCUAAUUGCACUAAUCAGAAUACCAAUUAGGACAAAUCAAUUAAUUUAUCCUAGUCAUCAGUAUCCGUUUUCUAUGAGUGUAUGUAGAAUGGCUCAAAUAAUACCUGCAUCGUGUGUCACCUCGAUUUCCAUUACUUUGACAGCAAUUUGUGUCGAGCGUUAUUUUAAUAUCAUUUAUCCAACCAAUUUAAAAUUGAGAAUGACUGCCAAUAAAGUAUAUCUACUUAUCUUUAUAUGUUGGGUAGUAUCAACGCUAUUUUGGAUACCUUAUACAACCUUUAUGCACAUAUUUAAUAUCAAUAAUCACACCAAAGCUUGCCUACCUAACUGGCCGACUCAACCAAAACUAGAUAUUAUAAUACGCAAUCAAACUACCAACGCAAUUAUUCAUCAUAUACCAUUUUCUAAACUGAUAGUUUGGCUGUUAUUUAUCAUUUUCGUAUUUCUAAUACCUGCUAUUGUUAUGGUAACAUUAUAUGCUAUUAUUAUUAAACGGCUAUGGAGAACACCACCUGGUCAUCGUACAAUGUCGAUGUCGGCUAGUCGUUCAAGUAUGAGUGGUAGAAGAGAAAAUAAUCUUCACUCGGAGAACCACGGGCUAAAAUUAAAACGACGUGUCAUUAAAAUAUGCGUAGCUUGUGUUAUAUUAUUUUUAUUGACUAAUUUUCCCUAUUACUUCCUACUAGUAUUAUUGGAUUUUCACUUGAUUCAAUUUACAGAUCGUCGUUCAGUAACAGUUAUUGCUGAUAUUUUAAUUUUACUCAAUUAUACUUGUAUCGCAUACAAUGCCAUUAUCUAUGGGUAUUUUAAUAAAAAUUAUAGGCGAAACGCUCCAAAAUGGCUUAAUCUACGUGCCAAGUAA